UGUCGCGUUCGGCCACCUGUACGCCAGCUUGCGUCAGCCAUGCAUAGGAUAGGCACGUAUCCGCGCUGAGACGCGACAUGUGAUAUACGCACGCAUAAAUAUAUGUAUAAAUGUGCAUAACUCAUGCAUAAAUAGAAUCUUUUAUGCCACGAAUCACGGGAACAAAUAUUUCCAUGUGCUUACCGGUUACGACUGUAUAACGCUGUGUAACAUGAUAGCGUAAACCAUGCAACAUUUAAAUCUCCACCGGUUUGAGAUAAGAAAAGACGUGCUCUUUGUUCACGUAAAUAAAGGCGCAGUUACAGGAGGAAACAAAAUACAAAUUUACAGCCGCUCGUCCACGUUCGUAUCUGAGAUUUUGGCAGCGGUUAACGGCGGCGGAAGUGAGAGGACCGGCCGGCGAUUAGCAGCGAGAAAAUGUCUAGCACCGUCGCUGGCGAUGAAAUGCCACCUGUAUCGUCUGUGCAUAAGCCAACAGGUACGUCUAUUUCAAUGGCGAUGAAAUGCCACCUGGCGAUGAAAUUUGCAGGGUCAAAAGGAUACAGCUACAUUGUUUAUGUUUGAAAUAAGAGUUGCAAGGGCAUACACUAUAGCUGUGAUGACAAGGUUCCAGGAGACCUUAAAAUAUGCAACUACAUACCGAAUAGACCGUGAUACAGAGGGUGAUGCAAAUGAUUGGGUGGUGAAACAUACUACAAGAUCAAAUAAAAUUGUUUGGGGUCAACACCAAUUCAAAAUAAGGGCUGAUGUGGAUGCUGGAAAGUAUUCAUAUGAGUGCAAGCAAUGGGAGCAUACAGGCGUAUUUUGUGUGCAUCUUGUACGCGCUUUCAUGCAUCUGCAAAUUGAAAGGAUCCCGAGUGAGUAUAUUUUGCAACGAUACACAUACUCCGCGCGACAGGAUGUGGCUUUUUCAAGAGACGAUCGGAAUUUGAAAGGAAAAGAUGGAGAAACAAGAUCAUAUAGACAGAAGAUGUUGCUUAAAAAAACAAUGAAAGUAGUACACCAUGUGAGUCUAUCUAAAGCUGGGAAUGAUAAAGCCUUAGAGAUGAUGGACGAAUUAUUAGGGUUAUUGAUGCGUGUGGAGCCUGAUAUAGGUACUGGUGAGAGUUGUGGCACAAGUGCUGGCGAUGACAUCCAGGUCGAAGCGUAUGAAACAGAAGACAUAGUUAUAGACAAUUUACGCAAAUUAGAUGAUGGGAACGAGGAAAUUUUAAUGGGGUCUAAUACAAAUGAAUGCAAUGCUAACGAUGAUCAAUGUAAUAUGCCGAUAUUAACAUUGGAACAUAACACUGAUAUUCAGAUGGUUGAUAGUAGUGCUACGGAUGUGGAAGCUAGAAAGAAACUGGAGUUUCAUAUGGAAGGUGUAAGCUUAGCAAGACCAGAUAAGGCCAAGCCUAAGGGAAGAACAAUCAAAAGUAGUGAGCAACAAGUUCUUAAAUUGGGUGCGAAAGGACCUAAGAAGAUGAGCAGGAAGUGCCAGAAAUGUGGCAUAGCUGAUGGUCACAACAGCCGUACGUGUUUAACUGUGGAGGAUAAUAGGGUUCGAUUAGCUAACUUAUCUGGACGUAAGCGAGGACGGCCUCCUGGUUCAAGGAACAAAAUCAUAGCUGCAGCACCACAUUGGAAUGAGACAUUAACGUCGAAAAAACGAACGGUGGAUGUCGGAGAUGAUGAUUCAUCUGCUAGAUAGUAGAAUACCAUUAGAUUUGUGAUAAAAUUAUAUUCUGGAUGUAAAUGUGAUUCCUAUGUUUAAUUGACAAUGCCCAAAAAAUGUCAUAAAUAUGCUUGCAAACUGACAUAAACGUAUGUGGAAUUUAUCAUAAGCAAUUAACAGUUAUGCAGCAAACUGAAUGUACA